ACACGCCCCUCUGAGCGGCGUCCCGACGGAGACCCUAAGCAAGCGGGGGCAAAGUUUCAGUGUUUUCCAUUGAUGUGUACGGCACGAAAAUUAAAACAAGAAGAAUGCCGGCUCAUUGUGCGGCAUACAGUUGCACACUACAUCGGACGAUCAAGACAAGGAAACUUGGAAUAACUUUCCACAGAUCUGCAAGACCAUUCUGGGACACACAAAGGAGCGCUUCUCCUUCACCGACCAUCUCGUCUGUGCAACCUUGUUGCAGGGAGACAGGUUUGAAGAACAUCACGGGUCAUUUCCUGAAGAGGCACUGCAACGCACUUUGAAGGCCUACCCGAUGCUGAAUGGAGGCAAGCUGAAGACACAACGUGGUCUCAUCUCCAGCAAAGUAGAGUUCAGAGCCUGCUGUGGUGCACUGGACCUAUUCCAGUACUUGCAUACAACCUCUCCCUCACCCCCCUCUAACCUCCCCCCUCUUAGCAUUUACGAAGAAACGCCCCCCUCCAGAAACUUGCGUAGCACUCGUGAAGUUGUCUUUUACGGCUGGGUCCCCCUGGAUCUUUAUCUGCCAUUAUGUAAAAAAAGAUGAGCAAAACAAGUCGCCAGCGAACUACGAAGCUAUACCAAAGCAACACAUACAGAAAACAUGUAAGUCCAAGGCGUACGUAAUCUACGUAACUAGGCCUGAACCGGAAGAUUUUUGAUUGACAGGAAAGGGAGCAAACCAAACGCCUCGGUCCGAGCGCAUUGAUUGGCUGAUGUUUUUCAGGUCCUGCCAUCUCCACAGUUAUUUUUUUUAUUUUGUAUUCUUUUAGAGACCAUACAUACAAGUCCACUAAAGCUCUUCCCUCUGGCUGAUCUUAUUAAAUGCGACAUCGUUUAGAACUGAAUGAGACUUUGUCAGGAGUCCCCAUUGCGUAGCUCAGCAGGAGUAAGCAGACAGUUCUCAGACGAAACAAGACAAGUUUAGGGAAACCCGUUUGCUCCCAUUUGGAACGCCCUUUGUGCCUUUUAACAUCCAGAUGUAGCAGCUUAAACAAAGCAGAAGAGAACUGGUUAGAAUGGGAAAAGUGCACUUUCAGGCUGUUGCAUUUAUGAAAACAAGACACUCGAUUAUGUUCAACUCGUCGUCGUCCGAGCUCCAUCGGAAACCUCAUAAUUCCUGCAGGGUUACAUCGACCCAACAUUUUCUGAUAUGAGGGCUGAGGCUUGAUGGAUGAUUGCACUUCAGAGAUGUGUGUGCAUCGCGGUGGCAGUGGAGUUGGGGAUUAGUGGCCAAUUGAUCACUGCCAUUGGCUGGCAAACAACAAGCUGUCAUGGUGGACAUGAAGGCCAUAAAUCUGUCCGUGGGGAGCCGGCUGAUUGUGUUAUUUGGUGGCCGGGACCUGUUUUGGCUGAGUCUGAAAUGGGAGAGGUCUGGGUGUCAGGACUGAUUGUGUUUAGGCCGUUGGACAUUACAGGUAAUGAGAUUUGUGCUGUGACUGGGUGGGUGGGUCACCGGGUCUGUUUAGGGGUGGAGCACGAAGGGAGGCAAAGAAAAAGGGCAACUGGUUUCAUGGAGAUCAGCAAGGACAGAGUUUACACUCAAAACACGCAAGAAUUAAUGUCCAUUUAUAGCUAUUUGCCACUAAUACAUGUCAUUAAUUUUGCGUCUCCUCUCUUGUCUCGUUUUGGCUUUUUCCUCUCUGUUCUUCUUCUGUCUGUGGGUAUCUUUGGCUCCGGAGCUGCUUUCUUUCUGAUUUCUGACUCCAACAAUCUGCUCAGUGUUUGUUAUAUUGUCUGCUUUUUCUACUUGCUCAUUUUUUUUCUCUCCUCAGCUGGUUGAGGCAGAAGGUUUCCUAUCCCAAUUCUGGUUCUGUUGAAGUUUCUUCAUGUUUCAGGGGAGUUUUCUUCCUCUUCACUGUCCUCAGAGCUUCAACAAAGGAGGGGUGUUUAGCUGUAACCAUCCUGACCUCACUUUGUAAAGUGCCCUGAGAUGAUUUGGUGCUAUAUAAAUGGGCAUUUUUAUAUAAAUUGGGAAUAUUUGAAUCAAACUGAGUUUAUUGUUGGACUCUUAUUUUCGUCCUAUAAAUCAAUUUCAAGCAAACCAAACCCACACGGUUUUGAAUCUCAUGUUCUCCAGUUAAAAAUAAAACCUGAAGCUGGUUUUAUUUUUACUUUGUUGCUUAUUUACUUGAAAAUAUGAAACAAAAAUGUUUUCAGAGUCUUUGAAUGGCUGGUUUUCGCAUCUUUUUUUGACUCAUUUAUGGAGGAAGGUCCAUCCGUCACGAGCAACAUUUUUACUCUUUUGAUUAUUUAUUUUUUGCAUAAGAAAGCUGACAACUGUUGUUGUUCAUGAGUCACUCGAGCAUAAAAGCAAGAAGUUCUGUUGACACAUGUAAUGGCAACCAUCCCCCAUUUUAAAUGAAAUGAAAGGAAUAAUAAGCUCAUAAGUAACUGACAAAGAUUUUAAAAUUGUUUUCUUUUUUUAAUUCCUUUGAAUCAGUUAAGUGUUCAGUCAUAAAAUAUAGCUUUGUAUUUUAAAAAUAUCGAUUAAAACAAGAAGAAAUACAAACAUAUAAGAAGAUAUCUUAGAGUGAAGCAUCUUGAAUGUGUCUUAUUUGGAAAUCUUUACUUUUUUACCCCACAAAAGAAGAGUCUUCCAGGAAAAACAAAUCUUAAAUCAGGUGAGAAAAUACAGCAGGGAUGGGUGAGAGAGGGGGAGGACCAGACGAAUCCUGGGUGAGGAGGGAGGGAGGAGUGUGACGGCGAGGGGGGAGUGUUGGUGAUUGUUUCCCAUAUUUCAGGAGUGGUCCCACAGACAGACCUCCAUACGAGACCACCAGCUGCUCUGGUCUCUGUGGCCGUUAUUCCCGCCAAGUAGGGAAGGAGGGUUUUCUACAACUCCGGAGAUCCAGUUUAUCUCAUCUUUUUCUUCUUUAUCCUCAUCGCCUGUCUUACUGUGACUCCAUCUCUGUCCUUUUUACGUCACCUUUUUGCUCAACAUCUUUGCUUUGUUAACUUGCCGACAAAGGCUUUCAGAAAUAUGUUCAGCAUCAGCUUAGAGCAAACUGAAGAACAUCAGCUCUGGAAUUAAAUCAUCCAAACUGACACCUGGAGGAGCUUUUGUCUGCUCUUUCUCAAAGCUACCGGCUCUUCAUUACCAAAGGCUGACCACCCCUUCAUGCUGACAGAGAAGGUCCCUGUCGGCGUGAUGUCCUCAGUUGUAGCCCCAGAAAAACCCACCUCCAACACCAUGGGUCCCAAAGAGGUGGAGCUGAUCCUGGUGAAAGAGCAGAAUGGAGUUCAGUUCACCUCCACCACCUUAGUGGCUCCGAAUCAGAACCAGACUAACCCCAGCGGGGAGGAGAGGGAGACCUGGGGGAAGAAAAUCGACUUCCUCCUGUCCGUGAUCGGAUUUGCCGUGGACCUGGCUAACGUCUGGAGAUUCCCUUACCUCUGCUACAAAAAUGGAGGAGGUGCGUUCCUGGUACCAUAUCUGUUCUUCAUGGUGAUAGCAGGCAUGCCUCUGUUCUACAUGGAGCUGGCUCUGGGUCAGUACAACAGAGAGGGAGCAGCAGGUGUCUGGAAGAUAUGUCCCAUAUUUAAAGGUGUCGGCUUCACUGUGAUCCUCAUCUCCCUGUACGUUGGUUUCUACUACAACGUCAUCAUCUCCUGGGCUCUGUUCUACCUAUUCUCCUCGUUCACCAGCGAGCUGCCCUGGGUUCACUGCAACAACACUUGGAACAGUCCCAACUGCUCCGACUGGGCUGACAACAGCUCGGCCAGCGACAUUUACAAAGCCACGCCUGCUCAUGAGUACUUUGAACGAGCAGUGCUGCACAUUCAGGACAGUAACGGAAUCGAUGACCUGGGUCGUCCACGCUGGCAGCUGACUUCUUGUCUCGGUGUGGUGAUUGUUCUGCUCUACUUUAGUCUCUGGAAGGGGGUCAAGACCUCUGGCAAGGUUGUGUGGAUCACAGCCACCAUGCCCUACGUGGUCUUGACUGUGCUGCUGGUCCGCGGAGUCACUCUGCCUGGAGCCAGCGAUGGCAUUAAAGCCUACCUCUCCGUGGACUUCCUGAAACUCUGUGACGCCAAGGUCUGGAUCGAGGCAGCAACGCAGAUCUGUUUCUCGCUGGGAGUGGGGUUUGGUGUGCUAAUCGCUUUUUCCAGCUACAACAAAUUCGGCAACGACUGCUACAGAGAUGCCAUCAUCACCAGCUCCAUCAACUCUUUGACCAGUUUCUUCUCCGGUUUCGUGGUUUUCUCCUUCCUUGGCUACAUGUCCUACAAGCACAACGUGGCUCUGGAUAAAGUAGCCAGAGACGGUGCUGGGUUGGUGUUUGUCAUUUACCCAGAAGCCAUUGCAACAUUGCCUGGGUCAUCAGUGUGGGCGGUUAUCUUCUUCAUCAUGCUGCUGACUUUGGGCAUUGACAGUGCUAUGGGUGGGAUGGAGUCAGUGAUCACUGGGUUAAUUGAUGAGUUCAAAUUCCUCCACAAGCACAGAGAGCUGUUCACCCUCUUUAUUGUUGUCGCCACCUUUCUCAUAUCACUGUUCUGUGUCACAAAUGGAGGCAUGUAUGUGUUUACUUUGCUUGACCACUUUGCAGCAGGAACAUCGAUUCUCUUUGGAGUGCUUAUUGAAGCCAUCGGCAUCGCGUGGUUCUACGGCGUGGACCGUUUCAGUGAUGACAUUGAGGAGAUGAUCGGCAAGCGACCAGGCAUGUACUGGAGGCUGUGCUGGAAGUUUGUCAGCCCCUGUUUCCUCCUGUUUAUGGUCGUGGUGAGCUUUGCCACCUUCAACCCUCCAAACUACGGCCCCUACAUGUUCCCUCCAUGGGCCAACAUGGUGGGCUGGUGUCUGGCCAUGUCCUCCAUGGCCAUGGUGCCUCUGUACGCCAUCUACAAACUCUGCACGCUUCCUGGAAAGUUCUGCGAUAGGCUGGCUUAUGCCAUCACCCCAGAGACAGAGCAUCAUCUGGUCGACAACGGGGAGGUUCGGCAGUUCACUCUGCAACACUGGUUGGUGGUGUGAGAGCCACAGAAAGAGACAGACAAAUAGAAAGAGUGAAAGAAAGAAAGAAUGACCGUCUGAACACUGGGUGAAUGAGUGAAGCACAACAAAGGUCUGAAGAAGAGCCAUUUAAAUAGAUCCCAGUUGGUGGUGAGAGAAGUUUAAAAGUGCCAAGAAAAUUUAAAAAAGAAAAAAAAAAAACUCCAUAGAAAUUGUAGUGUUCUUUACUUUCCACGGUGGAUGUGUGAAGCUGUGCAUUGGUCCUCGUUAUUAUUUGUUUUAAUAUUGAUGGAUGGGAUUCAGUCAAAUAGUUCACGCCUGCUGUUACCUUAAAUGCUUCCCAGAAUGCAUUUCAUGUUCGUUUUCGUUUUGCUAGACGUCAGUGUGGAACGCUAAAACUGUGCUAAUGGAAACAGAAUGAUGUUUAGGUGCUCCACACAACAAUAGCAUUUUAUUUUCAUUUGUUUUUGUCUUUUUGACGUUCAUUUUUAAAUUUGCCAGCAAAUGUAAAGUUAUAGGUGGCCUUAAUUUUAUUAUUUUCCCAUCUGGAUGAAAAUUCACAAUAAAGACAAAAUGAAGUGAACACUGAAUCCCAGUCCAUACCAUCUUAAUGUAAUUAUUCAUUUACUGUUUUUAAAGACUGUUAUGAGUAUAAGCACUGUUAGAAAUUCCUCAAAAUUACACCUAAAUUGUUUACAUCGAGGUAAUUUACUGGAUUUAUUUCCUUUAGCAGCAAACACAUCAUCUGAUUCCGCUAAAGCAUAUGUAACCAUUAUAGAAAGUUAUGAAUCAUUACUUUCAAAUACCCAUGUUUCUGCUUUUAGUUUGAUUAAAUGGACCAGAGAAACCAGCUGGAUAGUGUUUGCAAGUGCUGAGUAAAGUAACACUGUCAUCUGUAGUGUUUUAUAUGAUGAUAAUAAUGAUGAUAAUGAUGAUAAUGGGUGACUGUGUUCCCAAAAUAUGAUAAAACAGCUGCCCUGGAGUCAUAUCAGUUUAAAAAGUGAACAAACAUUUCCUCCAAAACCUUCAAAUUAUUGUCACUGACAGCUGAUCAACCAAAGAAUACAUUGACCUCAGAAAUUCAAAUGUCACUUCCUCAAACAAGAAUAUUUUGCCAAGGGAUGUUCUUUCGUUUAAUCAGUAGACCGCUUGAUUGUUAACUUACGGACCGGAUCAGUCUCGGUGUCAGUGCGCCAAAUUUUUCCCCUCAGUGUUCCAGGGUUGGAAGCUAUGAUUGUCGCAUUUCCUCCAGAAAGCAUAAAGCUUUAAUUUUACCGUUUACACAAUCUUGUUCAGUAUUUCAAGACUGUUUUAAAAAAAAGCUGCUUUUGAUUGAACUGCAAAUGAAUCGUGUGUAAUGUAAUAAAUGAAGUAAUUUAAGUUAUAUAUCUGUGUAAGUAAAUGUCAUGUAGAAAGCCUUGUAUUGUAUUGUAUUGUAUGAUAUUGAAUAACAAGACCAACACGUAUAUAUAGCGAUAUACAUAUAAAUAUAUAUAUAUAUUAGCCUUAAGGAUCUUGAUGAGCAUUACAUGGAAGAUCAGUAGAAACUUUCUCUUUACUUUCACACAAACUUUUCUGUUGAAUCAGAAGCCACAAAACCCUUCCAGCUGGGUCAGCAAUGACUUGCUUUCUCCCCUAAUGGUACAUGUAACACACUGGAAGAUUAAUUUUGUCCCAAACUGUAUGCCUGUGCUGCUGUACUGUGCCUUGUGGUGUUUCUGACUGUAUGAUUUUGUUUUGUACCGUCAAACAAAGCAUAAUUAAUAAAAUUAUCACAUUUCAAAUGUA